GUCAUUUUUCAAUGUUGUUUGAAACUUCAACCGGUUCAAUCGUGUGUUUAUUAAACUUUUUAUCCUUAAAUAAUUAUAGAUAACAAACCAUGGCGGCUCGUAAUAUUUUCAAAUUGGGUGCAUUAGAAGCGCAGAGGACCGCAUUCCUGCUAUGCGACAUACAAGAGACGUUCAGACCUCAUAUAAAAUACUUCGGCGAAGUGGUCAGAGUGGCGAAUAAAAUGGUGGAAGCAGCAAAACAUUUCAAAAUUCCUGUAUAUGUUUCGGAGCAGUAUCCCAAGGGUCUGGGGCACACCACCAAGGAUAUCAGUCUAGAGGAUGCUGCAUUGGUAUAUGAGAAGACUAGAUUCUCCAUGUACACACCAGAACUGCAGGAAAGACUGAAGAAGGAUGUGCCAAAUUUAAGCUCUGUUGUCUUGUUUGGGAUUGAGGCUCACGUUUGCAUCGAACAAACAGUUAUAGACCUGCUGAAUGAGGACAUUGCUGUCCAUGUCCUGGCUGACGGUGUCUCGUCCAGGUCUCUAAUGGACAGAGGACUUGCUUUCCAGCGCAUGCAGUCCCUGGGCUGUUUUGUAACUACUUCGGAAAAUGUUCUGUUUAAACUACUCAGAGAUAAGGAUAACUCUGUUUUCAAAUACAUAUCCAAACUUAAUAAAGAACCCACUGUUGACACGUUGGGAUUUGAUAAUAAUAACAUAUCAUCUAAACUGUAGAGAUUCGUUCCAAUAUAUGUUUAUAAUACAGUAUAAUACAGUACUAUUUUAAGGAUUAGAUUUCUGUAACUAAUACUUAGUUACAGAAAUCUAAUCCUUAAAAUUCGUGUUAUUAUAUCAACCGUUACCCGUCCACCGCUGGACGUAAUCCUCCCCCAUAGACUGCCAUAAUGAACGGUUCUGAGCCACCUGCAUCUAAUUAAAGUUAUGUUAAAUAUAUUCGUAAAACUUAUUGCAUUAAAUUUUUCGACUUGUCGCUCUUAACUACAGUAACAGGGAGGUCCGUGGCUACUACGUGGGCCGGUGCUGGCAGGGAGCCGGUCUAGUUCCUUGCCAUCAGAUAUGUUGAAGCGUAAAGCAAUCAUGUAUGGUAACCACAAUAACAAUUAAUUGGGUCUUCCAACUCUCUGAUAUAUGAGGAGGGUUAGGUGGGGCCUCGGGGCGGACCCCUUUGCCCCAGCUUCAACUCGGGGACGACUACCCCCGGAUCACUGGUACUAUACCUCUCUGGGUAAUGAGGUGCGGUCUUCUAACAUUUACAGUUGUUAAAUUCAUUUUAUACACAUCUGUUACUCUAGCGCCAUUCUGGAGGGAUUUGGAACUGUUAUUUACAGCUUAUAACUACUGGAAAAUCCCCCCAAGGGGAAAGCUUAUGUUCAACAGUGGACCGUUAAAGAUUGAUAUGACAGUUUACAGUUGGACACUUGCUUACUAUUCUCUGAUAUGAGAUAGUUUUCCUUAGCUCUACUAUCUAUAAAUACUUAAAAUAUACUAAAGAUUUCGAAUUUAGGGAUACAUUAUACUAUGUUAGAGAAGCGCGGAUAUGAAUCAAUUCGAUUUAUUUUCGAUAAUCGAUUAUUGUUUUUUAUUCAUUUUGCAUUGCAUGGCAAUACGGAUAUAUAAUCAUUUGCCUGAAAGUAUCAGAAAUUGUAAUAAUUUGUCCUAUUACAAAAAAAAGCUCUUCAAGCUAUUUAUGGAUAAAUGUUAUUACUCAGUAAAUGAGUUUUUAAAUGAUAAAAUAAUUAUAAAUGAUUAGAUAUGUGUUCACUUUGUGUUGUGUAUAUUUUUAAUGAUUUUAUAUUACAAUGUAUUGACAUGAUCUAUUCAUGUCAAUACAUUGUAAUAUAGAGUCAUACAGAAAGUGACAAAAUAUUAUUGCAAAUGUUUAUGUUAUUAUGAUAAAAUUAUUUUAAUGUUUUGUUUAAUAAGUUUUUAUAUUUGCACGCCUACAGUGUGGCAGAAUAAGAUUGGACUAUUUUUCUUGUAAAGUAACACCUAAAAAUGUACCUUAUUCCAGCAAAUAAAUGAUUUCAAUUUCAA